CCCUGUCCAGCCUAACCCACUCUUUCUGACAGAUGUGCUCACUUACUUUGACUCAGAUAGAUGGAGUACAGAUGGAUUUCUGUUUGCUAAUUGCCGCAAAGUUGACAGGUUAAUCAUCUGCUUUCUGUACAAUGCUAAGUGUAAAGCCAAGGUGAACUGCAUGGAGAUUUCUCCACUUACAUGAAUAAGUGACUGGCUGCGAAGAAUCACAAAUAACAAUGUGUUCCAGGGUGUUUAUGUUUCUGAUUGGAGCUAUGUACAUCAACUAUCAGGUCCUUGCAUCAGAAGAUGUCUACAUUGCUGAGCUGAUGGUGGAGAGUAAUGUCACACUGGAAGCCCAGACCAUACUGUCAGUUUUGAAUACAACUGACCUCCAAGUGACCAGUACCAGUGGAGUUUCCCACACAGUGGCCCUCUUACACAGUGAACUGAUAGCAGAGUGCCUGAUUGUUGGAGAUAAAUCCACUUGCAACUGCUCUGAAGGGUACAUUUGGAGCAACGAAGUGUGCUACAAUUACAGCUGUUGCCGUGAAACUACUUGCACACAAAAUGUGUCCAACAUCACACCACUCUGCGUUGCCAUAGUUAAAGUUCACAUCAAUGGAACAGUUAUACUGAGUGCAUCCACUUGGGAUUCCAUCAAAACUACCCAGCUUGUAACUGCCUUUGAAGGACUGAAUGGCUUUACGUACUUGAAUGUAACCGGUCAGAGGCAAGGCAACAGCAUUGCUGACUUUGAGGCAGCAGUCAGCGUCAAAUUUGCCACUUCUAAACUUCAAGGCAUAGUGACCUACCUGGAAAAAGAUCUUCUAGCUGUGCUUUUGGUCGACACUGUAGGAAUGGUCACCAUAGAGCCCCUGGAUAAUACAGUGUACUACCUGUCCUCUCCACAAAUUAAAUGCACAUUCGAGGAGGCGAUGGACAGCUCUGGUUGGAACAUGAGUAGGAAGUAUGAACGCUUUGAGCUCAACAAAGGCAGUGUAGUGGAACUAGACCAAAACUGUUCCACAAAGGAAUAUAAGUCUUGUGUUGCAAUUACACUACAGAACGUGACAGGCAUCUGGGAAGGCACAUACGAAUGUGGAUUCACUAGUGGGUCAGUCAGGCACACAGCCAAGACACAAUUGAAUGUGGCACUCCUGCCUGAUGUGAUCGACUUGAAGAUCAACCCUCUUACUGCGGACUGUUCGAUAAUGCCGAUCCCUAAAAGUGUUGACAUUAGCAUCACUGCCACCAUCUUAGCCAGCACAGAGAGCUUUGAAGUUACAUGGAGCUACAUGGGUGAACUAAAAAGUAAACUAGAUAACACAUCUGUUGGAGAUUACCUGGUCUAUUCUUUCAGAGCUUCUAUCAGUUGCCAGAAAACCAUCAAUAGACAAUAUGUUAAUGUCACUUUUAAAAACACGAAGGAACAAGUAAAAAGUGCACAAGUGGAUAUCCCAGUACUUUAUGAGGGUGCAAAAUUUUGCAGUGAGGAGUCACAAAAUGGCGAGUUUUGGCCAAAAACCCCAGCUGGAGACACAGUGAUUAAUCGAACAUGUACAGAGGGCAGGACUGGCUAUAAGUCACGUACUUGUGAAGUCAAUACCGCCUGGCAGCUGGUGUACUCCUACUGCAUCAACGAAGAGUUGAACAAAGUUUUAAAUGCUGCAGAUAACUUCCUGAAGGGACUAGGGGCUACUCAGGCUGUGGCCAUGGAUAUAUUUGAAGGACUUAAAAACAGCUCUACACUCGAUUCUGAUUCCAGCGAUACUAUGGCUGACAUUAUCGCUUCUAUCAACAUUCUUGGUGUGAUGGCCAUUGCAUCGAAUACUAUUGUCUUGCAAGAGGAUGUCUUUCCUAAUUUUAUUACCGCAGCAAGCAGUAUGUUGAACAAGACCUGGGAUGGGGUCAACCAGUCUACUGUUCACAACAUGUCAUCAAAUUACCUUCACUCUGUGGAGGGUCUGGUGAAGAAUAUCAAGGUCAACAACUGCAAUGGAAUGAACAGUCAAAACUUAGAGUUCAAAUUUUGCUCAAGUAAUGACUGCAAUGUGUCGGUGUUUGACAUUGGCGUGAAUCUGAACAAAACCACUGGAAUAAUGAAAACUAUUGCUGUGAAAAAUCUAAUGAAUAAAUUAAGAAACAGCUUCGGCAAAACAGUGCCUACCAGCCUCUUAGUAUCGGCCACACUAGAGGACAACAGUGAUUCAUCUUUAAAAAUUAUGCUUGACUUCCCCACGGAGCAACUGAAGCCCACUAAACCUUUCUGCGUCUUUUGGAACAUCACAAAGAUGGAUUGGUCAGAUGCAGGAUGCAUUGUCAAAACUAGUGAUAGCAACCAUACACUCUGUGAGUGCAACCACCUGACUUCAUUCUCUGUCCUCAUGGCCAAGCAUGAUAUAUCUACUGAAGUCCUAGAUAUAAUUACCAAUGUGGGCCUGGGUGUGUCCAUCUGCUCCUUGCUGAUCUUCCUCAUCAUUGAGUCUCUAGUGUGGUCAGCAGUGGUCAAGAGCAACCUUUCACAUUUCCGUCACACAGCUCUGGUGAACAUUGCCAUGUUCCUCUUGCUUGCUGAUUGCAGUUUCUUCGCUUCCACCUCUCGUGAGACUCUUAGUGAUACCUGGUGCCUAGUUCUGACCAUAUGCAAACACCUGUUUUUCUUAGCCAUGUUCAGCUGGAUGCUGUGCAUGAGUGUCAUGCUCGUCCACCAGCUCAUCUUUGUCUUCAGCCCGCUGAGGAAAAGAGUCUUCAUGUUCCUCUCCAGCAUCGUAGGCUAUGUUUGCCCAAUCCUAAUAGUGGGAUCCAGCUAUGUAUAUUGCAAAUACACCAACAAGCCCUACCAUGAUCCAAAAAUAUGCUGGUUAGUUUAUGAAAAACUCUUGGAGGGGUCCAUGCAUGCUUUCCUCCUUCCUGUGGGAACUGUUAUUUUGACAAAUCUCUUUUCCAUGGUGGUCGUCAUCAUUACUCUGUUGAAGUCCUCGGUCCCUGACAGCAGCAAGGCAGAUGACAAGGAGACAGCAAAAAGCAUCCUUAAAGUGGUGGUUUUUCUAACGCCUGUCUUUGGAGUAACAUGGGUUUUUGGCUUUGCUUUGCUCUUAUUGAAAAAGGAUGAUCCCAUGUUUACUUUUGCUAACUACACUUUCACCAUCCUCAAUUCCUUUCAGGGCCUUCUCCUUUUGCUAACAGGGUUUUUUGCAGAGCAAAAGGUUCGGGAGGAACUGUUAAAGCUCAUAAUGGCAAAAUCAAAAGGAAAAAGUAAGAGCAUGAAGAAUAUGACUUCAGUCACAUACACAAAAGACAAAUGAAGACUGAGAUUGUGAAGAUGGAAAAAGCAACUCACAUGUAUGCAACUCCACUUGCAGCCAACAAGAGAACACGUCUUAGAUUUUGAUUUGUGUUAGAUUAGAGUUACAUAGACAGUUACAAAUGUAUCUACACCUUUGUAACUGUCUAGGAACUAUAAGGUUGUCCUAAAACCAGGUUAAUUGUUAACUAAAUCUUAUUAAAUAGAACACUGAUGUUUUGAUAAUAUGUAUUGAUUUAAUAGAAUUAACCAUUAUUAGUAGAAGUGCUAGCAAUGACUGUCACCAUCCUCAGCUGAGGCUGACAAAGAUUUCACAUUGAAUCAAAUCCUGUUCCAGGAAGUAAUAUGUUAAUCUAGUUAAUACUUACAUUUGGACACUAAUGUUUUUCUUAAGAGUAAAGCAGAUACAGAUUUUGUUUGA